UAAUGACCAUCAUGACUCCACUAAAACAGUAAAACAUGAUCUCUCCUAGCGGCCGCAAAAAAUUGAAAACUUUAUCGUCUCCUCCAAAAUUACAUAACCCCAAAAAAAACACAUUCGCACAUUGCCAUUCACCAAAGCCUAAAAGACAAUAACAACACCACUACACAUUUCAUAGCCCUUUUAUUUCCCCAUUUUUCAAAACCAAAGCGACAGAAAAAGAAGAAAAAAAGCGUCAACAAUGGCGAUGUCGAGCAUUGCCCGCAGAAAAUCCACCCUUCUCUCCAAAAACCUCUGCAGUUCCACCGAAUCUCUUCGCUACACACUUUCUCUCUCUUCCUUUUCUCGCUACUUCUCUUCUGGAUCCGAUGACAAUGAUGUCGUCGUCAUCGGUGGUGGUCCUGGUGGUUAUGUUGCCGCCAUUAAAGCUGCUCAACUUGGGCUGAAAACUACUUGUAUUGAGAAGCGUGGUGCUCUUGGUGGUACUUGUCUUAAUGUUGGUUGUAUUCCUUCUAAGGCACUUCUUCAUUCUUCUCACAUGUAUCAUGAAGCAAAGCAUGCUUUUGCAUCCCACGGUGUGAAAUUCUCUUCAGUUGAGGUAGAUUUGCCGGCCAUGAUGGGCCAAAAAGACAAAGCCGUGGCUAAUCUGACCCGAGGUAUCGAGGGUUUGUUUAAGAAAAACAAAGUCAAGUAUGUGAAGGGCUAUGGCAAAUUUGUUUCUCCUUCUGAAGUGUCUGUGGACACUCUUGAAGGCGAAAACACUGUUGUGAAAGGCAAACAUAUAAUUGUGGCUACUGGGUCUGAUGUCAAGUCUCUACCUGGAGUUACCAUUGAUGAACAGAAAAUUGUAUCAUCAACAGGAGCUUUGGCUUUAAAAGAAAUCCCCAAGAGGCUUGUUGUGAUAGGUGCUGGCUAUAUUGGCCUUGAGAUGGGUUCUGUUUGGGGCCGGCUUGGUUCAGAGGUUACCGUUGUCGAAUUUGCUUCAGAUAUUGUUCCUUCCAUGGAUGGUGAAGUGCGCAAGCAAUUCCAGCGCUCGCUUGAGAAACAAGGAAUGAAGUUUAAGCUGAAGACCAAGGUUGUUAGUGUAGACACCUCUGGGGAUGGUGUGAAGCUGACUGUUGAGCCGUCAGCUGGUGGUGAGCAAACCAUACUUGAAGCUGAUGUGGUUCUUGUCUCUGCUGGCAGAGUACCAUUUACAUCUGGGCUUGGGCUUGAAAACCUUGGAGUAGAAAUGGACAAGGCUGGGCGGAUUUUGGUCAAUGAACGCUUUUCUACAAAUGUUUCUGGAGUGUAUGCUAUUGGUGAUGUGAUCCCAGGACCCAUGUUGGCCCACAAGGCAGAGGAGGAUGGGGUUGCCUGUGUUGAGUUCAUUGCAGGAAAGCAUGGACAUGUGGACUAUGACUUGGUCCCUGGGGUUUGUUACACACACCCUGAGGUGGCUUCUGUGGGUAAGACCGAAGAGCAGGUAAAAACUCUUGGCGUUGAGUACCGUGUGGGUAAAUUUCCAUUCAUGGCCAACAGUAGAGCCAAGGCAAUCGAUAACGCUGAAGGACUUGUCAAAAUCUUGGCUGAGAAGGAGUCUGACAAGAUUCUAGGAGUUCACAUUAUGGCACCUAAUGCCGGUGAACUCAUCCAUGAGGCUGUUCUAGCAUUGCAAUAUGGGGCAUCGAGCGAGGAUAUUGCACGUACGUGCCAUGCACACCCAACCAUGAGUGAGGCUUUGAAGGAAGCUGCGAUGGCAACUUAUGACAAAGCCAUCCACAUUUAGAUUUCAUGGCUUAUUCUGUCAUUACUGUCCCAAAUUUCUAAAUUUCCAAGAUUUUUGAUGCCAUUGUGGCACAUACGAUGAUAAUUAUCUUUGCAGAAGCAAAUAACUGUGAUACAUGAUUACAUGUUGUCAAUAUGCAUCUCAUUACUAUUGAUUUUGAGUUAUGAAGACGAACCAAUAAACGGUUCAAUAGUUUUGCAUUGAUGCUUGUCCAGUAUUUACGAACAAUAUGUUCUCUUCACUUGCAAAUAAUCCAGACUUACAAUUGCUUGCA